AAGCAGAGAUGUGGCGAUCGGAGGAGCUGCUGUGAUCCUGGUCUGGUUUGGGGGCUCAAUUGAACCUGACGUGAGGGCUGAUGGAGAGAGCCAGCAUGGGGGCCCAGCCCCCGCACAUGCCUUUCUUCGACCCGUCCCACGCCCUGAACAUCCUGAAGGGCAUCAACGAGCUGCGGGCGGAGCGCAAGUUCUUCGACGUGACCCUCUCAGUGGAGGGGAGGGAGCUGCCGUGCCACAGGACGGUCCUGGCGGCCUCCAGCACCUACUUCAAGGCCAUGUUCGCGGGCGAGCUGCGGGAGAGCUCGAUGGACCGGGUGGAGAUCCACCAAGUCUCGGCCGAGGUGCUGGCUCUGGUGGACUUCUCGUACAGCGGGCGGCUGACGGUGACGGAGGAGAACGUGGAGGUGCUCCUCAAGGCCGCGGACCUCUUCCAGUUCCACUCAGUCAAGGAGGCCUGCUGCUCGUACCUGCAGCAGCGGCUCGAUGUCGACAACUGCCUGGAGAUGCAGGAGUUCGCCGAAGCCUAUGCCUGCCGGGGCCUGGCCGAGGACACCAAGCGCUUCAUCCUGCGGCACAUUGUGGAGCUGUCACGGGAGGAGGGUUUCGAGUCCCUGCCCCGGGAGCGCAUCACCGAGUACGUCAGUGACGACCGCCUGCACGUGGACAAGGAGGAGACGGCCUACCAGAUCGCCCUGCGCUGGGUCAAGGCCGACCUCAAGCACCGGCAGCGCUUCUGGCCGGAGCUGUUCCAGCGUGUCCGGCUGCCCUUCAUCCGGCGCUUCUACCUGCUGGCCUACGUGGAGAGCGAUCCCUUGGUGUACUACUCCCCGCCUUGCCUGCAGCUGAUCCACGAGGCGCGCUCCUUCCAGUCGAGCCAGUACGACCGGCACGACUACCCGUGUCAGCGCAUGCGUCCGCGGCCCUCCACCGGCCUGGCCGAGAUCCUGGUGUCCGUGGGCGGCUGCGACAAGGACUGCGACGAGUUGGUGACCGUCGAUUGCUUCAACCCUCAGACGGGGCAGUGGCGAUACCUGGCAGAGUUCCCCGAUCACCUGGCCGGGGGCUACAGCGUCACCGCCUUCGGCAACGACAUGUACGUCACGGGCGGCUCUGACGGGACGACGCUGUACGACUGUGUCUGGCGCUACAACUCGAGCGUGAACGAGUGGACGGAGGUGGCGCCCAUGCUGAAGCCCCGCGAGUACCACAGCACGGCCGUGGUGAAGGGCCGGGUGUACGUGGUGGCCUCGGACAGCACCGAGCGGUAUGACCACGCGGCGGAUGCAUGGGAGCAGCUGCGACCCAUGCCGUACCCCAUGGACAACUGCUCCACCACGGCCUGCCGCGGCCAGCUGUACGCAGUGGGAUCUCUGGCCGGGAAGGACUGCAUGGCUAUCCAGUGCUAUCACCCCGAGGCUGACAGCUGGAGCGUGGCGGCCUGUGGAUCCCUGCCCGCCUGGUCCUUCGUGCCCAAGACAGUCACUCUGAACGGACUCAUCUACUUCGUCAGAGAUGAUUCCUCGGAAGUCGACGUGUACAAUCCGAUCAAGAACGAAUGGGACAAGAUCCCGCCAAUGAAUCAGGUCCACGUGGGGGGUAGCGUGGCCGCCCUGGGGGGGAAGCUGGUGGUCUCCGGGGGCUACGACAACACCUUCGAACUGUCCGAUGUGGUGGAGGCAUUCGACCCCCAGAGCGGCGAGUGGCGGGUGCUGGGGCGCCUGCCGCAGCCCUCCUUCUGGCACGGCACCGUCAGCAUAUUCCGCCAGUUCAUGCCCACCGCGCAGGUCGACCAGUUCGGCACGCUGUCCGAGGAGCGCAACCACGAGAUCAAUGUGAUGAAUCUCGCCCGCUACCGCCGGCACCUCCACAACGAGAACCUGCGGGCGCUUCACUGACCGGCCAGUCCCAGCCCGCAACAGCCAGAGCUUGCCAACAAAGGACUUCUGUGUGACUGAGACUCCGCGACUCUUCGUCCCAUCGUCCCGGCUGCUUGUUUUUCAAGAAAGCUCUUGAUCGCCUGCCUUUUAGUCUUGAUUAGGUGGUGGGGGGGGGGGCGGUCACUGAUACCCUGGCAGUUAGGGUUUGCCCCUCGCUUCGGAAUUUAGUCUGCUUGCGAGCACGUAGCACUUAAUGGGUCGAUCGGUGACCCACCUGCAGUAGCGCAAGGCAUUCACUAGCCGUGCCUGAGCUACACCGGGCUUACCGUAAGAGCCUGCCUUAUAUGCGCACGUGCGUGCGUGCGUGUGUGUGGGGAGAGGGAAAGGUUCAAGACUCAGAUAUUCUGCCAAUCAUUUAACUGUUUUCUUUCUUUGAUUGUUCCACCUCGAGGCGCUAUAUCAAAUGCAAGUAUUAUUGUAAUUAUAAGCAAGCGCCUCCCCAGAUUGAGUGGCGCGCGUGGCAGUCAGUGUUCAUUGUGUUACGUCUGGCUUUAUUUAGAGAGUGGUUUUUUUUGGAUAAAAGAUGUGGAAAGGGAAAGAGAUUCCCGCAGCAACGAUUCCCAGCUGCCAAGAUAUCUGCAUGUUUUACAAUGAAGACGUUCAAGGUCCCAACUCGUCUCGAGUCCCAACAACAGUUGUGUGGAGAGGGAGUGACCCUGACCCAACUGUCCAGCGCCUUGGGACGUCCUCCCGACGUGAAAGGCGC